CAUCUGGCUUCUCGGUGUCUAGGAGAUUGCGAGAAGAUGAUGCGGCUGAGCUGCCGGCACGGACUGAAUGCAUAAUUGGCCUAUCUUAGACAUAGAUUUUCACUUGCCUUGUCUUAGUUUCUUGCCAAAUUGCUGUUUAAUGUCGAACUGUAACGGAAGCGGCGUAGAUACCGAGUAGCAGUGACGGCAGGAGAAGAGGAGCGGAGCAGUAACAGAGGAGUUGGGCAUCAAAUUGCACCGGAUGUCAUUACACGCUUUUAAAUAUCUAGGACUAUAAUCAGGACCAAAGGCAGAGCCAUGGAGGUUGUAACACAUUUUGUGAAUGACACUGUAGAAUUUUACAAAUGGAGCCUUACUAUAGCAGACAAGAGGGUGGAGAGCUGGCCGAUGAUGUCAUCUCCCGUCCCCACUCUGGCCAUCAGCUGCCUGUACCUGCUCUUCCUGUGGGCGGGGCCUAGAUACAUGCAGGACCGCCAGCCCUAUACACUCAGGAAGACCCUCAUAGUCUACAACUUCAGCAUGGUGGUACUCAACUUCUACAUCGCCAAAGAGCUCCUAAUAGGCUCUAGAGCAGCCGGGUACAGCUACCUCUGUCAGCCUGUCAAAUACUCCAACGAUGUCAAUGAAGUCAGGAUAGCAUCUGCUCUCUGGUGGUACUACAUCUCCAAAGGAGUGGAAUUCCUGGACACAGUGUUUUUCAUCCUGAGGAAGAAGUUCACCCAGGUCAGCUUCCUCCACGUCUACCAUCACUGCACCAUGUUCAUCCUCUGGUGGAUCGGCAUCAAAUGGGUCCCUGGUGGGCAAUCAUUUUUUGGAGCAACCAUCAACUCUUCCAUCCACGUCCUCAUGUACGGUUACUACGGCCUGGCAGCUUUGGGUCCUCAGAUGCAGAAGUACCUCUGGUGGAAGAAAUACCUCACUAUUAUCCAGAUGAUCCAGUUCCACGUGACCAUCGGCCAUGCUGGCCACUCCCUCUACACAGGCUGUCCAUUCCCCGCAUGGAUGCAGUGGGCUCUGAUUGGCUACGCGGUCACCUUCAUCAUCCUCUUCGCCAACUUCUAUUACCACGCUUACCGACGCAAACCUUCCUCCACACAGAAGGGAGGCAAGCCCGUGGCAAACGGCACCUCUAUGGUAACUAACGGUCAUAGCAAAGUGGAGGAGGUGGAGGAUAACGGCAAGAGGCAAAAGAAAGGAAGAGCGAAGAGGGAGUAAAAAAGGAAAAGGGCGAAGCUUUGCAAUUAAAAGAAAGAGGACGGUUGUUUAAGGGCCAGAGAAGCAGGGAGGGUGGGGGAGGGAUGAAGAGCAACCAGACUGGCUUCAUCAUCCCUAAAUCAAAAAAUGUAGAAGGAUUUGUGACCAACUUGGAAAGGUGAAAGGGUAGAAGUGUGUUUGUGUCUGUAAGGGGUUUUGAGAGGAAGAGAGGGGUGUUGGUUGUCACCAUAACAGUUUUAUUUUUUAUCAAGAAACGCAAGAUGCUGACGAUGUAGGCUCCGUGCUCUUCUGUCCAACUGUGUUUGGGACCGUAAUAGGACCAAAAUAUUAAAAAAGGACCUGCAGACUGCUCAGCAUCCACUAACUUAUCAACCAAAUUUCACCUCCAACUUUUGUACUCUGGAUUCCUGUAUUGUUUUAACUGAAAGCUUAAAUAGUCUUGAAUAUGCUUAUUUAUUUUCUAGUGCUCUAAAAGAGUUUUAAUGGAUUUAACUUUUACCAACAAAAAGAACACGCAGAUGUUUAAACCAAAGUUAUUUUCUUGGGGGAUAUUCUUGUUUACGGAUACUUAGAGUUGAGCAAAGUUAGCAAACUAAAAAUUACAAUAAAACAUAACUGCCAUUUACUGUAUUUACCUACAUUUCAUUCAUCUACACUAUCGACAGUACCAAUCCAAAAUGGACUGGAAAUGGACAUUUCUCUGCUGUCUCAUAUUGAUAUAACUGUGCUGCAUUGACAGAAUGCUAUUUUCUUCGUGUUCAUUGUGAAUUAAAAACCUGGUUUAAUACACGUUGGGGGACGGGAGGGCCGUAGUUUCUUUUAGUAUUUAUGCAAAUUUGUGGGUAUCUUUGUUAUAAUAUUUUUUUGUGGGUCCUCAUGAUUUAUUUCUUUUUGCUGUGCGAUGUAGCCGAGGUGAAAGAACAAGAGAUUUGAAAAAUUCAGCUCAUUAUUGUCUCACUGCCAUGUAGGACUGAAGGGAAACUCCUCCUGAAAAGAGCUUCUUCUUUUUUCUUUUUUUUAAGAAAACAAAUGGUUAUUUCAUUGUCUUAUUAAGAAUGAGAGCAACACAGCUUCUGGCUGCACAUAUAACAGAAAUAAAGACAAUGUCAGCACCCCAUA